CACAAGACGGGCGGCGUCGGGUAAUACGGUCGUUAGUAUAAUGGGUCUGUCUCACCAUUUUGAACCGGAGGAAUGUACAGUGAGGGUACUUAAUGUUACAGCAGAUGCCCGGAGGGAAUAAUAAGGGGAGGUAACCAAACUAACUGAACAAGAUACAAUCUAUAAUGACAACACAUGAGCUGAAGUUACAGCAGUCAACUUGUCAAAGCGCAGAGACAGCCAGCGUGUCUUGUGUUGCCUCAAAUCACGAGAGAUUUAAUACACACAUUUACAAAACACGUUUUCAGAAUGUAAGUGGGCACGAGAAGUUACAUCCUGAAGAAUCUGCUCAACACAUCCACAAUAAGAAGGAUUCAGAAACUGCUGCUACGUCUUCACCGCCACCGCACUUAACAGGCCAAAAGAAAAGCUGCAGAUAUGUACAGAUCAGGCAGUUAAUACUGCUCAGAUCUAAAAAAGACUCCAACAGGACAUCUACGGAUCAAAGGGAAUCUGCCAGAUUCACUACCGUCAUAUCUAUCAGUCUUCCCACCAAAAGAAACAAAAAAGACACAGUGGAGGACACUGAAGAAACAUUGCCAGUUGAGAUUGACUUUAAUGAAGCCAUAAAGAAAACAGCUAAUCAACACCACACAGAGCUAAAGGACCUAAUUUCACCAACCUGUAACAAAUCAGAUGGUGAAUUAUUAAAGGAUGGGCCAAAAGUACCCUUUGAUGAUGACAGCAUUUCCACUCUGCAAAAUCAACAUGGACUUAACAUACCUAACCAGAUACGAGACACAGGAAUACAGCACAACAUAGGCCUUCAUAAACAUAUGCAAACAGUCCAUAGUGACUCACAGAAACAUUCUACUCAACCUGCUUUUGAGAUACAAACAAAAGUCAGCAAGUGCUCCGUUGCAAACAAGGAAUCUAGAACCAGUGACAUUCAUAGAGAGAAUACUCCAACAACUCCACAUUACCACAAUAAUCGGACCUCCCUUGGAGAGGACAGUGGUCUAAAAAUAGUAAACCAGGUCUUACCUUUUCACACCUCUCAUUCUGGAAGUACCCCUGAGCCAGAACUCAGUCUCAUCAAUCCUGCCUCUGACAUGUUAUCAUCUGCCCUGGUCUCAGUUCUUGCUCCACCUUGGAGUGGCCGUCUUAGAAGACCCAAACAAGGCAGCAGUGAGCUAGAGCAAAAUUGCGGACAGAGUGUCAACCCAUCUACCCUAUUCCGCCAGGAUCAUCGGCAACAACCGUUUAUUGCCACUCGCAGGCUGCCAGCUGAGCACAUGUUGCAAGAGCCCAAUGACAGUGACAUGCAGUUUACUGCUGGGACCAGCUAUAGCACUCUAGACUGGCAAAAAGAGAACAACUCCCCAAAUGUCACAACUGCAGUUCAGUCAAAAAGACCCAUUGUGAAAUCUUCCUCUGUAAACACAUACAGAUGUGUUCCCACAUCUCUGGACACUGGUCAGAUACUCAGUUUGCCCCCCUCUGAGGAACGUAGAGGGUACACAAUGUCAAAUACUGAAGAUCAAAACGAGCCUUUCAAAUCAUUGAGCUCCAAGCCAACAACAAGCAGCCUACUUCUCUCUUUGAGGAGGUCAAAUUUGAGAAGGUCCAAUGCUGAGUCCACACAAAUGGAUUCUCAGAUAACUAGGUCCCUUACAUUGCCCCACAGGAGUGUAUUGAAGAAUGCUCAAUACACCCCUUCCGUUACCCCUGAUGACCAAGCUGGAGAAACAUUGAUGUCAUACCCAUUUCCAGACACACCUUCAAAAAUGGGAAUAUUAGACAUAAGCCAUUUCCCUUCUUCACCCAGAAUAAAGAGGAUAGUGGCAUUAGAGAAACCAAUGUUGAUAAACAAAACAGAGACAGACAUUUUAAAGAAGCCAGAGGGUUCUGUUGUUAGAGCUGAAGAGGAGCCUUUCCAGCUAUCCCCAACCCAUUCCAACCAACCUGGGAUUGUCAAAGCUCAGCAGCAUUGUCAUUUAGUUAAUUUGAGAAAAUAUUCCAAUAUAGAUAACAGUAAUCCAGUGGAACAAAGUACAGCUAACAAUACAAAGCUUCAUAAUCUGAACACCACAAUUUCUAGCAAGGAAAAAACAAAUGUUAACUUGGAUUAUCCUCAAACUGUUAGAAACGUAGAAUCACAAAGCACGCAAAAUAUUCCUGACAGCAACUCAAUGAGCAUGAGAACAUUCACAGACCGGCUUAACUUCUCACCCAGGAAAGAGAACUCUUCUGUAGAUGGAAAUAACACAACAAAUUGGGGGCACAUAUAUCUGGACUCUAAGAAACAUUCUCUGUCAAGUCAAAGCUCAAUGGAGCUUUCAAGUCCUCUCUCUCCAAGCAGAUCUAUUAGAGGGAUUCAAAUUCAGAGCAUCUAUUCAUACCUAAGAGAGUCCAGCCCAAAUGUAUCUACCCCUAAUUCCCCUUCCACCCCUUUUUCCCACUUACAGAGAGCUGUAACUUCUUCCUCUCCUAAGCAAGAUGGAGGCGUAAUACUACAUGGCGACAGAGAACCCCUUGUAUCGAGAUUUUCUUUUGACCUAAGCCCAAUCGAGCCACAGGUAAAAGCAUCAAAAAGAGGCUCUAAUGGUUCCAGUGCUCUUAUAACUCCAGCUCAAUCUCUGCCUCCUGAUUUUGGAAGGAGAUCAGCACCCCGUCUCAGUACUUCUCCAUAUUCUACCCUGAUCUCCUCAAGACCUGCCCUCAACAGCACUAUACAAGGACUGUCCUCUCCACCUGCGCCCAAACAACAUGACAGAUCUACAUCAGAUACUGCAACCAUACGUGCUGACCCUAUAAAAGGUGAUCCAACCUCUUCUCCCUCCAUAUACACAAGCAUUACAAGGAGACCAAAGGAGCAGCUAGCUUCUCCUGAAAGAGAUAAGAGGACAGAAAAUGCAUUUCAGGUUUAUACAUGUGCCUUAGAUAAUCACAGACCUGCCCAGCCAUGCCUCUCACAAACUGUACCUGAUGCAAGUUUUGUCAUGGAAAGCCAAAGCGCAAAUAUAACCACACACCCAAGGAAGCAUUGCACAGGCCCUAAUAACAUUCCUCAACAGGAAAAUGAUGGCUCAAUGAUACUUCAUCUUGAUAAGGGUAAUGGUUAUCCCAAGCACAGGAGACAGUUAGAGACUUAUUUACUGUCUAAUAAGCUCACAGCUGAAAGUGAGACCCCAUUUACAGCUGAGAAGGAGAUUAGCGCUUUGCAAAUGCAUGAGAGAUUGCAGGAAAUCCAAAGUCCCAAUUCAAAGAAAGCCCUCUUUGCAUUACAGGUUAAGAAAGACAAUGUCACUUUAGAUCCCAUGCCAGACAAAGAGGUUGUUCCCCCUCAGUAUUUAAAAACCAAAAGAAACUCGCCAGUAUUUAAAACAAGCAGCAGGAUUGACCAGAUGUUAAAUCGCUUGAAAAUGACAUUUAGUGUCAAACGUUUAGAAAACACUCUUGAUACAGUCACAAAAAAGAGUAGGACCCCCACUCAGCAACCCUCAGACACUAAGAAUUUGGAAAAAAACAUGACAGUGGAGAAAAAGUCUUCUAGGAUCCAAUGGGAGCCCCCCAAAACAUCUUUGGCCACUGAUAAAGCAUAUUUUCCCUCUUUGGAGUCAUUGUCACCAUUAACAUUAAAGAAAUCUUGGAAUACACUAAAUGUGAACCAGCAAAACAGGUGUAAGGAUGAAAAAAAGUGUUCUGGGAUCCAAUGGGAGCCUCCUAACUCAGCUUUGACCAUUGAUAAAGCAUCUCUUCCCUCUUCAGAAUCAUUGUCACCAGUAAAAUUGAAGAAAUCUGAUAAUACACUAAAUGUAGGUCAGCAAAACAGGUGUAAAGAUGACAAAAACUUUUCAUGGAGCAAGUGGGAGCAUCCCAACUCAUCCUUGACCGUGGAUGAAGCAUCUUUUCCUUGUUUGGAGUCAGCUUCUCCAUUAACAUUACGGAAAUCUAAAAAUACACUAAUUGUAGAUCAGCACAACAGGUUUAAGGAUGAAUAUAAGUGUUCUUGGAGUCAGUGGGAGCAUCCUAAGUCAUCUUUGAGCAUGGAUGAAUCAUCUUUACACUCUUUGGAGUACUUGUCACCAUUUAAACUACCACACAAGUGGUGUAGUGAUGAAAAUGGAAACCGGUCUAGCGGCAGCAGCUUUAGUCCACACACGCUAAAGCCCCAUGGUAUGAACCGUUCUGCCACCUUGCCACAUUACAAAAAGUCCUCUGUUGGUCCUCCGUCACCCUUUUAUCUGUUUGAUUUUGAUUCGGAAGACAUUCAGAAUGACAAUGUGUUUUAUAGUCCACUGAGCAAAAAAAGUAAUUCGCUUUGUGAGUCUGACAAUGACCCUCAGCUGUGCGUUUCCAAAAGUACUGUGCAGCAAAACCUCAUGCGGACUCGACUGUCCUCCUCUUGUGCGGAUUUAAAGUACGGUCUGGAUAAUAGGCGGUCUUUCUCUGUCAGCAGUGUGUUUACAAGCCGCCCAUCAGGUCCUAAACGUAUCUCAACAAGUAGCAUCAGUGACCUCUCAAGUUUAGAGGACUUCAGCAGUAAGGGGAGCUUUACAAAAUUUGACUCUCCUAUAAAUAAUAGAAAUUCCCCUAGCUAUGGUGCCAAAUAUGUUACCAGUAACCAAACCCAACCUGGAUGUCCAUUGCCAGAUGAUCAUUUAUGGACUACAGAUAAACAGGAAAACUUUUUGGAAGAUGCAGACCCAACCCCACCUCCCUCACCACCUUUUUCCCCCUCAUCCCGUCGCAUUUCCCAGGCUCCUGCUAUCUCUUCCCCCAUCCGAACAACUCCAGACAAUCUAUCUCCUCGUGGAAUUCUGCCAUCAAGGAGCUAUACAACCAGCUUGACUGUUUUUGAGGAGUCUAGUUCUGACACCACAACUGAUGAUGAAUACUACCUUGAUGAUGGUGAUGAGGUAGAAACAGAACUUUAGUGGAAAGUAUUCCAAUUGUUCAGUUUAAUCGCUUUUGUAGUUUUGAUUAUAUGUACUGGAUGUUUAAAAAUUGGUUGUUUUCUGUGCACUAGGUCUUCUAUGACAAAUUUAUUAAAACCACAGCAACAUUAUUUCUCAGUCAGAUCAAACCUAAAUUGUAAGAGCAUCUAGUUACUGCAGCACAGCUCAUUUAAUAAAAGAAGGAAUUCUUAUUAUUUAAAAAAUAAAUUGCAAAGAGCACUUUUAAUAUUUUUCUGUGUAAAACAUAAAUAUUAUUAUUAUUAUUAGGGGCUUGUAAAAUAUCUGGUGCUUGAGCAUAACAAUAUUUUAUUUAAUUAUGAAUGUAUUAACAUUACAAAUUAAUGUUGUUUUGUGAGGUGUUUUGAUACUUUCUGGAUCUUGAGGCUUUUACAUGUUGAAUUCUCAUGUCUCAUUCCUUUUGUAGUGGGCUGCUUCCUGUAGUUCAUAGGCUAAUUCAUACAGGUAUUUGAAAGCAUCAGCAUGUCAGACACAAUAAUUUAUUCUUUCUGACAGACAUUAGUAGCUGCCAACUUAGGAACUGAACCACAAAUGCAGUUUAUCUCUCUCUCUCUGUGUGUGUGUGUGUGUGUGUGUGUGUGUGUGUGUACAUGUUUCACUAUAUUUGUGAGUGCCAACUUUUUGAAAAUGUCCUCACUAAUAUAGAGAAACCUUUUUAAAAACCAUUAGUGAGGACAUUUUAGGUGGUUCUGACACCUCACUAGUAAAAAAGGCUCAUAAAUCAGCCAAAUAAUGUUUAGCUUUAAAUCUACUGAUGUGCACAUGUUUCUGUGAGGGUUAGGUUUAGGGGUAGGGGAUAGAAAAUAUCAUAAGCCUGCUAUGAAAUCAGUGGAAGUCUAUGAGAUGUCCUCACUUAUAUAGUGAUACAACCGUGUGUGUGUGUGUGAGAGAGAGAGAGAUUUUGUUUUUUGGUAAGGUAAUUUCUUUAAUAUCUUAAUUACUAACAGGAAAUUGUUAUAUUUAAAUAAAAAAGAAGAUAAUAUAUUGACUAAUAUUGAUACUAUGUUGAAACGUAAACAACCAGUGUCAUAAAAGAAUGUUGAUCGCUGCAAAAAUGUAUCACAGUGUAAAAAUGUUUUAGUUGAAUUGUAAAUAAAACGAGUAACUUUGAAAACA